AUGGAAACCUCACUAGAGCAGCAGUCUCAGCGGCCGCUUCCAGCUUCUACGACACCUCGACUCCUCUCGUUACCCCCCGAGAUACGCCUGGAGAUCUUUAGCCUCUGCAUCCCCACAAAACGCGCCAUCAGAGUGACAAACGAGAGGUAUCGGCCCUACGGGGUCGAACCUUUAGUCUCUACGCGGGAUCCAAGCGACAGGUUCUCCAAUACCCGACCUCGCUGGACUAACAUUUUACAUGUUUCCAAACAAAUGAGCAACGAAUGCCUGGAUAUCCUUUAUGGUGACAACUUGUUCGAAAUCUACCUGAACAAAGGAGGUGAAGCUACACUGAAGAAAACAUUCAGCAGAGCGAAUCUCAAGCGAAUCCAAUUUAUUCUCGCCAUCUCCCCUGGCCCAUGUUUUACCGGGGAACUGAAACCACCUGACAAUAAUUUCUGGGCCAUGGUGAUCCCAAACCUGAAAUUGUUUGAAUGGGUCGCACAGCCAGAUCUGAAAGCCGAGCGGAACAGGAGCAAUCUUAUGGUUGAGGAAGGGUUGGAGAGCUGGAGGAAGUGGACUGACUCCUACUCAGACUGCUUCGCCGAAUUUCUGGUGCCUGGGUUGGACUUCAAAAUGGUAGCUGGCAACGGAGACGAUAAAUACAGGAAGAUCGGGAGACUUCGUUUCCGGCGAGGGCCUUUCUUCAAGAAGAUAAUAUUGUGGGAGCCAUGA